AACAUGGCGGUAACACCAGCCCGACGGUCAUCUCUCCACGAUUUAGGUUUGUGGGCCGACCGGACUGCCCUCCACGAAGCCGCAUUUCAAGGCAGGGCUUUACAGCUGAUACGGCUUAUAGAAAGUGACGCGUCAGUCAACAUCGUGACGGUGGACAACGUCACGCCACUGCACGAGGCCUGCCUUCAAGCUCACCCGCACUGUGCCCGGCUUCUGCUGGAAGCCGGGGCCCAGGUGGACGUUCGGACCAUCCACGGCAGCACUCCCCUCUGUAACGCCUGCUCUUCCGGGAGCUUGGAGUGUGUCAAGCUGCUGUUGAAAUAUGGCGCCAAAAUCAACCCGUCGCUCACCGCUUUGACCGCGUCGCCCCUGCAUGAGGCCUGCAUCCAAGGGAGUCCUGAGAUAGUGAGGCUGCUGAUAGCCAACGGUGCCAAUCUGGAGGCGUACGACGUCCACUUCGGCCCGCCCCUGCACAUCGCUUGUGCAAAAGCGCAGGUAGAAUGUGUCAAGGAGCUUCUGCUUGCAGGUGCCGAUGUGAAUUCGAGCAAAUUUCACGAGACGGCAUUGCACCACGCGGCAAGACUGGACACGCCGGACGUGAUCGAACUGCUGGUGGAGUUUGGAGCCAAUACGCGCCAGCUUGACAACUCGGGUCUCAAACCCAGUGACUACUCAAAACCCGCGUCACCUUCCUGCCUCUGUCUUAAGUUUUAUGAAAGCAACCCGCUGAGCCUUCAGCAGCUUUGCAGAAUCGCUGUGAGGAGAGCACUCGGUACCACAGCCUCGACGGUCAUAGGUUUGCUGGACAUAUCCCAUAUUAUUAAAAGCUAUCUGCAGUUUCAUUAA